AUGGGAGAAGGGGUUGGAAUCUGGGAAAAAGGGAUGGAAUCUGGGAGAAGGGGACAGAAUCUGGGAGAAGGGGAUGGAAUCUGGGAGAAGGGGAUGGAAUCUGGGAGAAGGGGAUGGAAUGAGGGAGAAGGGGAUGGAAUGUGGGAGAAGGGGAUGGAAUCUGGGAGAAGGGGAUGGAAUCUGGGAGAAGGGGAUGGAAUCUGGGAGAAAGGGAUGGAAUCUGGUAGAAGGGGAUGGAAUCUGGAAAAAGGGGAUGGAAUCAGGGAGAAGGGGAUGGAAUCUGGGAGAAAGGGAUGGAAUCUGGGAGAAGGGGAUGGAAUAUGGGAGAAGGGGAUGGAAUCUGGGAGAAGGGGAUGGAAUAUGGGAGAAGGGGAUGGAAUCUGGGAGAAGGGGAUGGAAUCAGGGAGAAGGGGAUGGAAUAUAGGAGAAGGGGAUGGAAUCUGGGAGAAGGGGAUGGAAUAUGGGAGAAGGGGCUGGAAUCUGGGAAAAGGGGAUGGAAUCUGGGAGAAGGGGAUGGAAUCUGGGAGAAGGGGAUGGAAUCUGGGAGAAGGGGAUGGAAUCUGGGAGAAGUGGAUGGAAUCUGGGAGAAGGGGAUGGAAUCUGGGAGAAGGGGAUGGAAUCUGGAAGAAGGGGAUGGAAUUUGGGAGAAGGGGAUGGAAUCUGGGAGAAGGGGAUGGAAUCUGGAAGAAGGGGGUGGAAUCUGGGAGAAGGGGAUGGAAUGAGGGAGAAGGGGAUGGAAUCGAGGAGAAGGGGAUGGAAUCAGGGAGAAGGGGAUGGAAUCUGGGAGAAGGGGAUGGAAUCUGGGAGAAGGGGAUGGAAACUGGGAGAAGGCGAUGGAAUCUGGGAGAAGGGGAUGGAAUCUGGGAGAAGGGGAUGGAAUAUGGGAGAAGGGGAUGGAAUCUAGGAGAAGGGGAUGGAAUCUGGGAGAAGGGAAUGGAAUCUAGGAGGAGGGGAUGGAAUCUGGGAGAAGGGGAUGGAAUCUGGGAGAAGGGGAUGGAAUUAGGGGCUGGAAUCUGGGAGAAGGGGAUGGAAUCUAGGAGAAGGGGAUGGAAUCUGGGAGAAGGGGAUGGAAUCUGGGAGAAGGGGAUGGAAUCUGGGAGAAGGGGAUGGAAUCUGGGAGAAGGGGAUGGAAUCAGGGAGAAGGGGAUGGAAUAUGGGAGAAGGGGAUGGAAUCUGGGAGAAGGGGAUGGAAUCGGAAAGAAGGGGAUGGAAUAUGGGAGAAGGGGAUGGAAUCUGGGAGAAGGGGAUGGAAUCUGGGAGAAGGAGAUGGAAUUAGGGAGAAGAGGAUGGAAUCUGGGAGAAGGGGAUGGAAUCGGGGAAAAGGGGAUGGAAUCAGGGAGAAGGGGAUGGAAUGUGGGAGAAGGGGAUGGAAUCUGGGAGAAGGGGAUGGAAUCUGGGAGAAGGAGAUGGAAUGAGGGAGAAGAGGAUGGAAUCUGGGAGAAGGGGAUGGAAUAUGGGAGAAGAAGAUGGAAUCUGGGAGAAGGGGACAGAAUCUGGGAGAAGGGGAUGGAAUGA